UAGAAAGGUAUGGCAUCCGUGGCGUGGCAAAUGAUCUGAUCAAGAGCUACCUAACUAAUCGAUUUCAGUACACUGAUGUUGUAGGAGAAAAGUCCGACCUACUUCCAAUAAAAUUUGGGGUUCCCCAGGGGUCAAUUCUCGGACCCCUUUUAUUCCUACUUUACAUAAAUGAUAUCUCUAAUAGCUCUAGCUUGGGAUCGUUUGUCACCUUUGCGGAUGACACCAACAUAUUUGUUGUUGGUAAAACUGCACAAGAAGCAUAUGAACGCAGCAACGCCCUACUUUCAAACCUUCAAACAUACAUGCGGGCUAACAAACUUCACAUAAACAUGUCAAAAUGCUGCUACAUUCACUUUAGACCUAAGUCACGUACUGAAGCAAACGUUGAAGAAGAAUUCAUAAUGAAUAUAGACAACUACCCUAUCAAAAGAGUAACGUCAGCUAGAUUUUUAGGAGUCGUCAUUGACGAAAAUCUAACAUGGGAAGAACAUAUAAUAGCCCUAAAACGAAAGCUUAACCAUGCCACCUCAACUCUGUGUCGUCUACGCUGCUCCCUCCCAGAAUUUCUCCACAGACAGUUAUACUACACUCUUUUUGAAUCCCAUCUGUCGUACUGCAUAUCAGCAUGGGGUGGGGCAGCUAAAAAUCGUAUAAGCUCAAUAUUCACUGCACAGAAGUACUGUCUGAGGGUCUUGUUUGGUGAUAGAGCAGCCUACCUGGAUAAAUUCAAAACGUGUGUUCGAACCAGACCAUUUACUGACCAGAAACUUGAUAGUAAAUUUUAUAAAAAGGAGCACACUAAACCUCUGUUUAAAAACAACGAGAUACUCACUGUACAAAAUCUUUAUACUUACCAUAGCUACAUAGAAUUAUUCAAGAUCAUGAAGUUUUCUACUCCUAUGUCUAUGUACGAAGAGUAUUCUCGUUCUUCCAGGAAACAAAUGCUUAUUAUCAAUAAACCGGAUCCCCCAGUCAACCAUAACACGAGGUCAACGAAAAUAUGGAAUAUAAUAACCCCUAACCUUAAAAUCUUUGAUUGUUCUGUUAGUAUUUCUUGCCUGAAAUCCAAACUGAAAUCUUCACUACUUUCCAACCAGCAUUGUCAUGCCGUGUAUGACUGGACAAAUAAAGACUUUGAUAUUUGUAACCUUAAAUUUUCGUAGGCUCCUGCAGGGAUUCCACCUGACCUCCAAAAUUUCAUGACCAAAUCGACUUACUCUGCCAGCGUAUUCCUCUGUCAAGUUAAAUGUGAUGUGUGAGUGAGUAAGUGUAGUGUAAAGAGAUCCUACUUUUGUAUCCAAUUUGAAUUCUAAUAAAGACCCUAAGCAUUAUGAUCAAAUUUUUAGUACAAUAGUUAUACAUCUAUGAUUAAUAUUAUAACCCAAUAUUCAUUUCUUUUUCUCCCUUAAAUUUAAACCCCCGGCCCCCACUUAGACAUUUAGCCAUGAUUUAGUAUUGAACACCCAAAAUACUUACCGUCCUUAAUAAUCGUAAAGACCAUUUGUUACAAAAUAGCUGCUAGAAUAAUGCAUGCCAAAUAUUCCCUCUUACACCCACAAAUUAUAAUACCUUCCUAUCAACGCCUCUAAUUUGGUCACUAAUCAACCAGACUAGCGUUCUGGUGUGUACAAAAGCUACCAGCCAGUACAUUCCUUGCCCCGCUAGUUGAUAGUCAAAAAAUCAUACAGCUCAGAACAAACGGCCAUUUACCACUAAGAGCAUUAUAUGUUUUCAUUUGUUUAAAUUUUAUGCUGUAAAAUGUGCUAAAACUUUGAUUAUUUGUUUAAUUGAUUAUUUGUUUAAUUGAAAAAACACCUCUUCAAAAAUCUUCCAAAACCUCUUUUUAUAUUCUGAUAAUUUUCCGUUUAUCAAAGCUUUCUUUAGAUGUUUGAGUAAUCAAAUUUGUAUAUUCGUUUUGUUAUGCUUGAAGGAAUAAAUUGAAUUGAAUUUGAAAUUUAAUAAAAUAUAAUGUAUUUUCGUUUCAGAUAUGUCGAAGGAGUUUAUAACUGGCAGUGUUCUUGUCAACGGUAUUGAACACUCAAUAAAAUGGACUAAUGAUGAAUCAAACAGUGUCUCUAUUGAAGCCCAAAACUUAAGAACUGGUGAUUUGUGGAGGGCAGAGUUUACAAGUUCGUACAUAGAGAAUGUAACUCGGAAAACUGGUAGUUUUAAGGAAUAUUCGGUUUUUCUGGAAAUGCUCUCAGAUGCUGUUGCUGAUAAAACAGAUCAUGUUUACGUUGAGUUGCUGACCUAUUCCGAUUUGCUUGCUUUGAAGACUGGAAAACAUCUAGAUAAGAAAACUUCAGAUAGCAAAAGGUAUCUAAUUUUAACAUACAAAGUUAAAUAUGAUACUGUCCACUACCCGUUACCACUACAAUAUGUUGGCAAAAUGUCCCCUACAGAGCUGCAAGAUAACGUCACCAAAUUACAAAGUGAAAUUGAGUACUUAAAAAACCAGAUCAUUAGUGUUGGUUCACCACAAAAGCAGCAAAAACAUUCAGCUUGUUGCAAAGAGAAUUCGGAAUUGAGAAAAGAAUUAGAAUCUAUAAAAAAACAUGGGAAAAAGGAUCAACCAAAAAUGAUACAUACUCUUCAAGAGGCCUUACGAAAUCUGGAGUCUGAUCUUAUUCGAGAAAAAAAUAAGUAUCAGCGUAGUCUGGAUAAGAAGACUAGUGAAUGUAAGCAACUCAUUGAGGAGGUUGAAAAUAUGAGGUCUGAGAACCGAGCCUUGACUGUGAAACUUCGCAGUGUGACUACGGAGCUUAACAUUGCAAAGCGAAAUAAGUUGCACAACUAUCAGUAUAACAGAAACAGCAAGAGUGUCACUCCUGAAUCAAGAUCUUACCAGCAGAAUUCUCGUUCAACCAGCAGGGGUAGGGUAACUCCUGCAGAUAGACAGAGAUCAGGCAGUGUGGAUCGCAGCAGAGACAGUGUGGACAGAAGGAGCAGGGGGAGCAGCAUGGAAAGAAGUGUUUUUACCAGGAGAAACAGCAGCAGUAGAUCUAACAGCAGAAACAGUGCCAGGUCCGCUCCCGAAGUCAGAACUAAAGCUAGGACUCCCUCGCCAGCAGGGGCUAGAUAUCCCCGCUUUGAUCCCAGUGCAUAUGUGAAGGAAAAACAGCAGAAGGUCAAGGAGAGCAACUCUCGGCGAGAUCGUCAGGCUAAAACAAGAACGUAUCUACCCAGAGCACGUUCUACACCACUUGAGAAGCCUAGUCCAUCAAACAGUUUAUACCACAAACCACCCCCUUCAAACCUCGUCAAGGAUAUCAUCAAAACUAACCUCAUGAAUGCAAGAGGCAGAAGUGGGAGCUGUAGUAGUCUUGAUAGCUGUCGGAGCAAUGGCAGUAAAACCUCUCUCCGCAGCAACAACAGCACGACCAACAAAAAACCAGCAUCCAGGGGAAAUUCACAAAGAAGCAACUCUAGAAACAGCAACUCUAGAAACAGCAAUCAGCAGAAUAAACGGAGAACCCGUUUUGCAUACCCCUCUUCUGGCUCUGAAUCUGAAGACAAAGAAAAUAGGGGAUCAAAUUGUCGACAGAAAGCCUAUCUGAAUUCUCCAUCUUAUAUUACCAAGGGUGAUACCAGUCAGUUAAGUUUUACUAAAGAUUCUGAAAUUGCAGAGAUUGAUGCCCGGUUAAAUGCUUUGCAGUCUUACCUCAAAGAAGCUCAAAACAAACAAUACCCUUAGUUUGAAAUUUGCCAAUCUUAGACUUCACUCUAUUAAUACUGUUUUACGACUAUUAAUGCUGAAUGAGGUUGAAAUUUCACCCUAAAACUUACAGUCCAGUUUGAAGCACUUAGAUGAGAUUUAAUCAGUAUACAAUGUUCUGCGGAUAGAAAAGUUUUAAACAGACUAAUUAUAAUAUUGAUAACAAAUAUUUUCCAGAAUUUAAGAAAAAUGUUUGACUACCGUUGACUGACUUUAACAUCUUGAUAUUAUUUGCUUACCGUUUUCUUUAAUUUACUAGCUUGUCUUGAUUUUGAUAAAAAAAUAACUUGUAUAAUAUUGUCAUGCAACUGAUGCGUAUUAUUCUCCCCAUUAUACUGAAUAUUCUAUUCA